AUGGCGAGCCCAGAUCCCAAGGGAGUGGACGGAGUGCGCAUGACAUGGAACGUGAGGCCCCGCACCAAGGUGGAAUCGAGCAAGUGCGUCAUCCCUCUGGCAGCCACCGUCACCUCAUCCGCCCCAACCCUGACAUCCCCCGCCUCCAGCACGCCCCUCUCUGCUGCAAGACCUCUUCCUCUGCCCUCAACCCCUUUGCCCGCAUCGACUUCACUGCCAAGAUCUGGAUCUGCCCCUUCUGCUAUUAGCGCAACCACUUCCCCCCUCAGUACCACGCCAUCUCAGAAACUAACUUCCCCGAUGAACUAUACCCCGAAUACACCACUGUCGAGUACAUCGUCCCCCUCUCCAAUUCCCUCAACCCAUCCCCCGUUUUCCUCUUUGUCCUCGACACCUCUCUCAUCGAGGAGGAGAUCUAAUUCCUCAAAUCAUAUCAGCACUUCGUCGCGCGAUUGGCCUUCUUCCCGAUAA